AUGUCUCAGUAUUCAGGAAAAAUUGUCUUCUAUGAGGGCAAGUGCUUCACGGGCAGGAGGCUGGAGGUUUGCGGGCCCUGUGAUAACUUCCAGGACUGGGGCUUCCUGAACCGAGUCAAUUCUAUCUGUGUACAAAGCGGAGCUUGGGUCUGCUUCAGUCAAGCGGACUUCCGUGGCCAACAGUACAUCCUGGAGCAUGGCGAGUACCCUGGUUUCUAUCGCUGGAAUGGACACAAUGAUCGGAUGGGAUCCUGCAGGCCAGUUGGGAUGCAUGGAGAACAUUAUCGGAUAGAAGUCUUCGAGGGGAGGCAUUUCAGCGGUCGGAGUCAGGAAUUCACUGAAGACUGCUCUUUCUUGAAUCGGCAAGGCUGGGCCAAGAACUGGAUUAACUCCAUCAAAGUCUACGGGGAUGGAGCAUGGGUGUUGUACGAGGAACCCAACUAUCGUGGCCAGAUGUACGUGGUAGAGAGAGGUGACUACAGUAGCUAUAAUGAAUGGCAAUCUCCCAGUGCAAACAUCCAGUCGAUCAGAAGAGUCAUCAAUUACUUUUAA